AUGGACGCGGGAACAUCCACCCCGUAUGCGCAAGACGAGGACGCCUCGUACCUAAUAGCGAGCGACCAUCUGUCGGACGCUUCAGACAAUGCAAAUAACUUUCCCGCGCGAAACUUCAAUGCCAUUAGGCAGAUGUUUAAUAACCCUGAGAAGACGACGCCCAGAAGAGAAGGCGCGAAAAGACCGUGUCCCAGCCUUGGACAGAGCCCAGUAACCGAGAAGAAAAAAAUUAGAGAUGACAGCAAUUACUCCUACGAAGAGCAAAUACAGAUGUUAGUGAAGAAAAUCGAAGAAAUGCAGGAUACACAAGCUGUCCUGAUCGAACAAUUGAAGGAGCUAAGAGCAGAAAUCAAACAAAAAGAUGACGAAAACCGAAAGAAAAACCCGAUCAAGACCACAGAGAAGACCAAAAAAGAACAAGUCAAGCCCGUAGAAAAGCCAAAAAUAAUAAACACGGGAAAACCCAAAAAGAAGGCAGAAGAAGAAGUCCUCGCAGACACUCUGACAGCCUACAACCACAUAAGUGGCGACGAAGGUGAUCAGAUGGACACCAGCGACUACGAAGACGGCGGCGAAUGGCAAAGAUUUACACCCCGUAAAGCCAAGAAGCAACAAGCCCAAGAAACUAAGAAAAUCAGUAUUGUUGAAAAACAGACUAAAAUUAUACAAAAACGUCAAGAAAAAGAAAUGGACAAAACCAUAAAAACCAGUCAGGCGAGAAGAAUCGAAAAAGAAAACAACGAACCUCAGCCAACAUCCUUGGCUGCUCUUCCAAUGGCAUUAGGCUGUAUCUUCGGCGGUAUCUCUCUUGCAAAAUUCGGCAGAAAAACAACCCACAUAAUCAUAUGCUUGCCGAUGUUUCUGGGUUGGAUUUUAAUGUUUCUAGCAUAUGAUAUAAAUAUGAUUUUUAUUGGAAGAUUUAUCACAGGACUUAUGACUGGAAUGGUGGCUUCAGCAUGUAGUGUAUACAUUGCUGAAACCUCAGAUCCGUCUUAUAGGGCCUUUUUGCUAGGGCUGAUUGUUGCAUGUGCUUCAUUAGGUACGUAA